CUGAGCUCUAGCUAUAAACACGGAUAGGAGCAGCAACCCCAGCUUCUCGCAGCCACACCACCCAAGGCGCGAAGAAGGAAACGUAGUCAAUAAAGGCAGCCAUGUCGUCGUCUCGCUCCUGCAGCUCCAGCUUCGCGGUAGUGUCAGUGCUCCUCCUCAUGCUCGCCGUCGUCACGGCCAGCGCCGCCACCACGGCGGCGGAGGAGCCCGCGCACGAGGAGGCGACGCACAACGAGCGGAUCCUCCUGGCAGACUCCGACGCCGACACCGACACCGACGCCCACCAGCUGCUGCACAAUGUGGAGGAGGAGUUGGCCGCCGCCACCACCAUCGCGGCGGGCCAAGCUGCCGCGGCCGGCGUGAGGGUGGCGUCGGCGGCCGAGGAUCAGAAGAAGGACGGCGGCGGCGACGCGGGCGCCGCGGCGAUGCCGGUGGCGCUGGAGCGGCAGGAGGCGAAGACGAAGACGGCGGGCCGCCUCAUCGCGACGCAGGGGGACGACAAGAGCGGCGGCGGCGGCGGCAACGAGCACGGCAAGGAGGGAGGCGGCGGCGGCGGCAAGGAGGCGGAGAAGUCGAAGAGCUGCGUGACCAAGGAGGAGUGCCACAAGAAGAGGCUCAUGUGCGGCAAGACCUGCACCAUGUCGGCGCACACCAAGUGCUCCGCCAAGUGCUCCAAGUCCUGCAUCCCCACCUGCGGCUAGCUCGUUCUUGCCGCGAUUCGAUUCAUCCAUCGAAUCCUUCGGUUUCGUAGUAGCCUUGAUCAUGGUAAUUAGCUUGUUUUGCCUGCUUGGUAAAGAAGGGAAUAAGCAGGGGCAUGCUGCACUUGCAUGAGUGCCUCUCAUCUCAUAUAUGUCGUCGAAUUAAUUUGUUUAGGCCCAAUGUUUGUUGUUGUUCUAGUCUUCUUAAUUAUAUGGUGUUUUUGAUGUUGCAUGGUAGGUCCUUUGUCGUGUGAAAUGUGGUUACGAGUUUAAUGAGAUUGUAUGUUGGUUUGUUUGAUUUUGUGAAUGUGAGCAGAAUUAUUCA